AUGUCAGAGGAAUUUCCAUUUAAACAUCAUAUAGAAACAGAUGUUGCAGAUCAAUCUCAAAUAAGAGAUAGUGUUGUUUCUAAUUUAAAUAAUAUUAAGAAUCAAAAAUACGAAAAUAAUGAUGAACCUGUUUUGUUUGCUGAUGGAUUUGAACGUAUUGCAUCUACUCAGGCAAUUAUUGAUGAUUUAAUAACUGGCUCAGGUUUUCAAAUAGAAAAUGCGUUACAAAAUCCAAAAUUAUCAUUUUCUUGGAAGAGAUCAACAUGGAAUGACCAAAUGGAUCAUUAUAAUAAUUAUGAAAGAUUGAGAAGCAAUCACAAACCAGGUAGGUCAAAAGAUUUAAUAUUACAAUACUUACUGGUCAAAAGGUGGAUUUAUGAUUCCAUAUCAGAUAGUUAA